UUUGCCUUCCCGGACUGGGCCUACAAGCCCGAGUCGAGUCCCGGAUCCCGGCAGAUCCAGCUCUGGCAUUUCAUCCUGGAGCUGCUGCGGAAGGAGGAAUACCACGAUGUCAUCGCCUGGCAGGGCGACUACGGCGAGUUUGUCAUCAAGGACCCCGACGAGGUGGCCAGGCUCUGGGGCGUCCGCAAGUGCAAACCGCAGAUGAACUACGACAAGCUGAGCCGGGCCCUCAGGUAUUACUACAACAAACGCAUCCUCCAUAAGACCAAAGGCAAACGCUUUACGUACAAGUUCAACUUUAACAAACUGGUGUUGGUGAACUACCCUUUCAUUGACAUGGGCGGGGCGGUCCCUCAGAGCGCGCCCCCUGUCCCCACGGGCUCCAGCCAUUUCCGGUUCCCCCCGUCCACCCCAUCGGAGGUGCUGUCCCCUGUGGAGGAGUUGAGGUCCCCCGCUCCGUACUCGGUGCUGGGCCGGCGCCUGGCCCGGGGCUCGGUCAGCGACUGCAGCGACGGCACGUCCGUCGCCUCGGAGCUGGAGGACGGCCUGCAGGCCGAGGAGCGGCGGGGAGCAGCCGCCGCGGCGGCCGCCGCCGCCAUGUCCACAGCUGCCGGCUCCGAGCUGAACGGCCUGCGCCCGGCCGCAGCCUCGGGCCUGUUCCGCCUCUACCCCCGGCGCCUGCACCCGGACCCCCUCAGCCCCUUCCCAGCCUCCCCCAUGGGGGCGGGUCCGGGCCUGGGGCUGGCGCCCACCCUCUCGCCCGCCCUGUCGGUCACCCCCACCCACCUGAGCUACACGCCGUCGCCCAGCCUCAGCCCCAUGUACCCGGGGGGCAGCCAUUUCUCCUUCAACCCGGAGGACAUGAAGCGCUACCUGCAGGCGCACACCCAGAGCGUCUUCAACUACCACCUCAGCCCGCGCGCCUUCCUGCACUACCCCAACAUCGUGGUGCCGCAACCCCAGAGGCUGGAGGCUAAGCCUGGCGCCGCCGGCGCCCACCACCACCCUCACCACCCGCCUCUGGCCCUGCCCUCCUUGGCCCUGCCCCCCCUGGGACCGGAAGAGCCACCCUCCUUCAAGUUCAAGCUGCAGCCCCCGCCCCCGGGCCGCAAGAACCGCGACAAGGCCAGGCCUCAGCCUCCGCUAGGCCCGGAGCCUGAGGAGGCCCCAGGCUGCAGCGGCACCAGGCCCCUUCCCCAGAUCAAGGUGGAGCCCAUCUCGGAGCCCGAAGAGGAGGAGGAGGAGGAGGAGGAGGACGUGACGGUCGAGGUGACGGACAUCAGCGAGGAGGAGAGCGACGAGGAGGUGUUCAAGACCCCGGCGGCCGAGGUGCCCGCCGUCGCUGCCCCUGCCCCUCCGCCACCACCGCCACCACCUCCUCCUGCCCAGGCCCCUGCGGCCCCUCAGCCCGACUCCCGAUGCAUCCCCCUGAAGCUCCGCUUCAAGAGGCGCUGGAGCGAGGACCAGAGGGCCGGAGGGGCGGCCGCCGCCGUCGCUGGCGGCGACCAGAUGGACGACAAGAAGCCGCGGCCCGAGGACCCGGCAGGCUGCCCUGGGGGCGCCCGACGGGAGAGCACCGACCUCCAACAGGCCACUGCCGAGCUCUCCCUGGAGAACAAGGAGGCGUUGUGACUCCGCGGUCUCUCCCCCCCCCCAACCCCCCCUCACUCCCCCUUUUAUUAUUUUUUUGGCAUCUCUCCUCCCCACAACCCCCCCCCCCCUCCUCUAGAGGGGACAGUGGGAGGGGGACAACAAUAUCUCUAACCCCCCCCUCCCCCAACCUUGUUUCUACAGAAAAGAAAAAUGUCGCCCAAAUGUGACCCUUGACCCCGAUGGUGCCAAGGUGCCUUAAUCGACUCCUGAGCGGGGUUGGCGUUGAGAGGGUGGG